AUGUUAGAAACCCAGAUCUCCCAUGUAGCCCAACAACAAGCCAAAAUAGCAUCCCCAACUGGAGCAUUUUCUGGUCAACCUCAACCAAACCCGAAAGGCCACACUAACGCUAUCACACUUCGGAGUGGGACAGAACUAGAUGAACCAACUGACCCAAGAAUUCAAAAUCCGGCCAUGUAUGAAAAUUCUGGUAAAGGAUCCGAAAAAGUAUACGAACCAACCAAUGAUGGAAAAGCAGAUGAAAGCGGAGAGGCAAAAGAUAAAGAACCACCUUAUGUGCCUCCACCACCAUACAAACCACUUGUACCUUAUCCCCAAAGGCUUGUUAAAUCCAAAAACGAAGGACAAUUCAAGAAAUUCGUGGAACUUCUGAAGCAACUAAACAUAACCAUACCAUUCAUAGAAGCCAUUACUCAAAUGCCUUCAUAUGCUAAAUUCCUUAAAGAGAUUUUAUCCAACAAGAAAAAGUUUGAGGAUGAUGAAACCUUUAUGCUUACUAUAGAAUGCAUCGCUAUCAUUCUAAACAACAUGCCUCCUAAACUGAAAGACCCUGGAGCCGGUGUUUGUUUAAUUCCCUUAUCCACAUGCGAAAAACUCAAUUUGGGAGAAUUAAGACCAACAAAGAUGUCUCUACAUCUAGCUAACCGUUCCGUUAAAUUUCCCGUAGCUAUGCCCGAGAACAUUCCCGUUCGUAAAUGA